UCGAUGACACCACAUAUCUCCCUCCCUCUCUGAAACCACUGAGCUCUUAUAAUUACCUGAAGAACAGGUGUCGUAAGUCAGAGUGGGAGAGUCCGCUGUCUGUCAGUCAGACCUUGCCGACACAACGUCGGCUCGAACGGCUAAACUUGGGAUUUUAACAAAUUUAAGCUGAUUUAUUAAGGGGUUGAGUGUUGUCUUCACACGUUGGGCACAACAUGCGGGGACGUUUUAAUCGUAAGGACACUUACUGGGAAACUGACGUGCCCACAACAGUGGAGGUGGAAUCCCCAGGCGAGCUGUCCCCUCUACCCGGGGGAUCAACCAGCUCGGAUUGGCCCGACACCCCCGUGUCUGGGUCAGCUCACACCCAUCCGGAGGAACCAGACCCCCCCGUGUCAGGGUCAGCUCACAUGGGCUUGGACCACCCUCACCAGAAAAGCUCUGACGACAACCUUGAGAAGCGAUACCUUGGGGUGCGUGUCAAAAUGCCAGUGAAGGACAUGCUGAGAAGCAUCCGCCUGGCCCAGGGAUGUGACCCACAAGAGCUGCAGGAGAAAAGUCUCAAAAGAUCUAAAGGAGAGAAGAAACGAGUGAAUACUUGCAAAGAGCGUCAAUCUAACAAGAGGAAGCGCCCCAAUAAAAGCCUUGAGGAGCUGGCUAUCAUCGUGGAGGUGCUGGAGGAGGACCUCAAAAUGGGCAACACUUACAGCUCCCAUCGGCCCUCCGCCGCCUCCAACCCCUCCCCCGCCUUCCUGCUGUCCUUCAGGUCUACGGAGCCCAGCAGCCCUACCUGGGGCGGCACGCCGCCGCGCUACGGCCAGGCCUCCUGCAGCAGCCCCGAGUCGGGGCCCUUGAGCAGCUGUGGCUCGGCCUCCGACCCCCACAGCCCCUCCAGCGACAGCAUGAGCGACGGCGGCUCCAGCGAUCGUCUGUCCCAAUGCCUCCCUUCGUAUCAGCGGUGCAUGGCCGGUUACCAUAGCGCCGCCGACGACAGUGACGGCAUGAUCCCCAGCCCCGUGUACACGGCGGCCCUCUCCUCGACAGGCCCCGCUGAGUUCUGGCGAGCAGCUUCCCCCCACAGCCCAGACUUCGCCCCCCCCCCCGGCCACGACCUGUUCAGGGACCACGGUGUCGAAGGCCAAUGCGACGACAUUGGUGGUCUGGAGAGUGAGUGGUUCGUCUCUGGACACGGCGUCGGUCAGAGCAGCGGCGCCUACUUCGUCAGCCAGCUGCAGAGAGAGGAGAACGAGCUGGAGGACGUGUGUGAUAGCAGGUUGCUUGCAACGGACGGACAGGGCAGGAUGGCUCUGCACCGAGUGGCCUGUCUAGGGAAGAGGGCUCAGGGAUACGCCAUUGCCAAACGAAUGGCGAGCAUCCACUGUUUGGACCUCAAGGACUCUGAGGGAAUGACUUCCCUUCACCUGGCGGCCAGGCACAACCAGCACCUGAUGGUGGCUGACCUCAUCGGCCUGGGCGCCAAUGCCAAUGAGAAGGACGCAUCUGGGAAGACCUGCCUCCACAUCUGUGCUGAGAGAGGCUACAUCCGCGUCCUGGAGGUGUUGAAACACAUGAUGUCCGAUGGCGUGUUCGUCGAUAUGGAUGCCACUGAUAACUAUGGACUGAGCGUGCUGCAGUGUGCCGCUCUGGGCCUGAGCGCUGCGGUUCAGGAGCUGGAGGGGAGGGCCUGCCUGGGCCGGGCCCGGCUGCACACCCUCCGCAAGGAGCAGAUGAUGGAGACCCUGGAGUGUCUGCUCCAGAUGGACAACCGGCCACCCGCACCGGUCCGAACCGCACACCCUCUCCCUUUAACCAACUGCAGGGCUAGCAAGACAAUAGCUGCGCAAAUUACAUUCAUUUGUUCAAUAUAGCCAUGGACAAUAUCUAAUAAUGAACAAGUAGUAAAGAAAAAAGCUUUUUAGUCUCAAAAUAACAAAAAAUAAUCAUUGUUCAUACAUAUAGGUUAAAUGUUUUGUGUAAGUAACAAACAAUAGUAAUAAAAAAUGUUAUGGAGUUUUUCUAACUUUUAUAUUUAAUGUGCAUGGAUUGACUUGAGUCCAAUCUUAUCUUCUUGGAUGUAGGAAUGUCUUAUCUGACAUUGUACGAAGGGAAUUUGUCUUGGACAUAAAGAAACAAUUAUGAUAAUUUAGAGCACUGGGUUCACUGAAACAUUUUUUUUAAUCAGCGAUCCAUGUGUCUGAUUAAUAAAUUAAAGUGAAUGUUUCCACUUUGACCUGGAACGCUUAAUAAAUACCACAUGUCUGAUCUCAUUUUCAGGGGAACUCCGUGACCAAGACCUGGUCAAACCUUUAAAAGGACCUUCUUUUAUACCUGACAGUAAUGUUUCUGCGUUUGUUGGAGCUUGAACUUGUCCUGGAAUUUGAAAAAGACGCUUGUGCCAUUGAAAACUUCAACUCAUUAUCUCUGAAGUAUUUCCCUUGAGGCCCUUUCAUAAUCGCGGCGCUCUUUUCUCUCUUAGGCAAAUGUCAUUCUCAUUAUGUCAAGCAUCUGACGUCUUAUGCAAGGUGGAACAAUCUGACUCCGUCAGUUGUGUUUUGGCUUGCGUAACACUUUCAGGUGCCCGUUGGCUGGUUUCUAUGAAACUUCCAUUGUUUAUUACAUUGUAGUAACAUGUUCUCCAUAGUUCGGAACCUUGUGGAACAAUCCAAUAUGGAUGGUUGACAAAAUGGUAGACCGGCAUGUGUUGUUGGUUGAGGUCUAAGGUUUAAACCUCAGCCGGUUCUAUUGUGUAGGCUGCCCUGAGCACUUUUAAAAUAGUGUCCCCCAGUAUGUUACUAAAGUACUAUUACCUUACAAGAUGAGAGGAUUCCCUCCACAAAUUUGCUGACCCUAUAUGAAUAUCUUUGUUUCUCAUAUGCAUAAAUGAAUGAAAAAUGUGUGUAAUGUUUCAAUAUUUAAAAUGUUGACUUUAAAGCAGAUGGACUGUGCCAUGUCAGAAGAAACCACAGUUCUAUGUCCAUAUUAUCCAUAUCCAUGUUCAUGAUAGCGUAACAAACCAGGUGGAGCAAUGGUAUGCAGCAUUAUUGCUAGCUGUAGCAAAGCAUUUUUUACAUAGAAAUUGUAAACAGCUUAAAUAUAUUUUAUCAUAAUGUAUAUUUUAUAACAUUAGGAUUCUCUAAAUAUUCCAUAUAUGAUUCUGCUGUGCCUUCCUUUUUUUGGAUAAAGUAAGAUAUGAUUGAUGUACCACAAGUACAUGCUUUCCCCCCACAUCUCCUCCUUAAUACAGUUGAUUUGAUCCUGCAAUAAAAAUCUAGAAUUGUGGCCCAAUAUUUAUAGGCAGUAAAUGUUAUCAGCCAUUCUGUUUUGAUGUGGUUAAGAGGAUGCUUAAUCAUUUUUUGUUGCCUUAAUCGCAAGGCUUACGCAUGGGUUCAAGUUAAAUAUUUAACAGCAAGUUAAAACUGUAUAUAUUUAACAGCUGUUGAUCAAUAAGUGCAUCACUGUUUUGUUAAUGUGGAAGCGUAAAACUUUUGUUAUUGUUUACUGCAUGACUUUCUUCGAGUACUCAGCAUUUUGAGAAUCCCACAUGCAGUGUAUCACAAUGACCUGCUCCCCAUUUCCCAUCUAUUUCAACACUGUCAUGAAUGUCAUGUGCUAACACAGUGGGUUAUAUUGCGGGUUAGUUGGGAUGGUUACAUAGUUUUAUGUGCAUACACAGUGGGUUAUAUUGCGGGUUAGUUGGGAUAGUUAUAUAGUUUUAUGUGCAUACACAGUGGGUUAUAUUGCGGGUUAGUUGGGAUAGUUAUAUAGUUUUGUGUGCGUGUACAGUGGUUUAUAUUGAUGAUUUAUUAGCUUGCUGAUUAUAUUACGGUUUCUUUGAUCAUCAGUAGAAAUUAAAGUCUGACCAAAGUAAAUCCCAGCAUUAUGUUGAUUGCUACAGUAACAGAAGCUAACAUACCUUGCGAGGUGUACCAGCACUCUCUUGUAAAAUAGAUUUUUUUUAUCUCAAUGAGACUUCUCCUGGUUAAAUAAAGGUUGAAUAAAAAAAUAAAAUAUGUUUAUUUACA